ACUUCCUGCUGCCCCUCCGAACUCUGCUUCUUGUCUUCAAAUCUCAUCUACUAUACCACACGUCUUCACACAAUGCCCGAACGUGCAGCUCUUCUUAUCGGUGGCCUCGCCCAUGCCAGGAAGGAGUGGCAGGAUAUCUCGCAGGUCGCAUCUAAGCUCCACGAGUACCCCAAGGGCGAUCGCGCAGAGUUCAUCAAGAGGUGCAAGGACGGCGAGUACGACGGGGUGUUCGCUCUGUACCGCAGCAACGACUCCAAUCCGUUGACCGGAGACUUCAACGAGGAACUCCUGGAGGUGCUGCCCAAGAGCCUCAAGUUCAUCUGCCACAAUGGAGCCGGAUACAACAAUAUCGAUGUAGCGGCGUGCAGCAAGAGAGGUAUUCAGGUGUCUAGCACACCAAUUGCGGUCAACGAUGCCACCGCCGACGUUGCCAUCUUCCUUAUGCUGGGUGCGCUCCGCAACAUCCACUCUUCUUACACGGCAGUGAGACAAGGCAAAUGGCGCGGCAACUUUGCCCUCGGUCACGACCCCAAGAACAAGACCCUCGGGAUUCUGGGAAUGGGCGGUAUCGGCUCGGCGGUCGCAACGCGCGCGAAGGCAUUCGGCAUGAAGAUCCAGUACCACAACCGCAGACAGCUGCCUCCUAACGAGGAGAACGGCGCGGCCUAUGUCACAUUCGAGGAGCUGCUCAAAACCUCAGAUGUGCUGAGUCUGAAUCUGGCGCUUAAUCCCAAGACUACGCACAUCAUCGGCAAGCCGGAGUUCGACCAGAUGAAGGACGGCGUCAUAAUCGUAAACACUGCGCGAGGAGCUCUGAUCGACGAGGCAGCAUUGGUGGAUGCGCUGAAGAGCGGUAAGGUCUGGACUGCCGGGCUCGACGUGUUCGAGGAGGAGCCCAAGAUCCAUCCAGGGCUGCUAGAGUGCGAGAACGCGGUGUUACUGCCCCACGUCGGGACAGCAACAUUUGAGACACAGCGCGACAUGGAGCUGCUGGUGCUGGAGAACUUGACGUCGGCAAUCAAGCACGAGAAGCUGAUCACACAAGUGCCGGAGCAGAAAGACAAGGCAAACUUGUAAGGUCUUGCUAAAGCCGAUAUCUUAGCAAGGGCAAGCGAGUUCCAUCUCAUGACCA